UCAUAUACAAAUUUGUGCUAUUCAUGUUAGAUUAAGUUGAUUAAAAAUUAUAAUGUCGUAAUAUGUUGUUAAUACACAAAUUUCUCUUUUUCAUUAUUAUAUUAUCGAAGGAAAAUUCACCGUUUCACUGAUAGGAAUUGGUAUUUGUUUUUAAAAUAACUGCGACCUUUUCUUCGACGAGAACAAGUAAAAAUGUUCAAAAGUACUUGGAAAAAAACAAAAAUUGUACAUCUUCACGGUUUCCAAAGUUUUUUUCCUAUUUUCUUCGUUAGUUCCGAACGUAAGAACUUGUCAACUAAAUUAUAGGGUAAUAAGAAAAGGGUUGAUAUAAUUGUAGAGCCAUUAUUUUUUUUUUUUUUAUCAAAGACGUAUUAAGUACUUGAUUAAGGGAAAUUGCAUGGUCGAUAGGCUAGAGAAGAAAAAGAAAGAAAAAAAAAGUAAGAAAGAAAGGAUAGAUAACUGUAUCAUUCAUGUGGUAUUCUAUACCAUUCAAUUGUGUUGUAAUCCAUUAUUAGAGGCUCGUCGUCUAGCAAACCUAUCAAUUUUUCUUACCAAAACUUGCAUGACUUUUUUUUCUGCUACGAACGUCAAAGUUUUCCUCUAGAGUUGAUCGACGGUUCAAGGGCCAGUUUCUCGACAACUUUCGCGCGAAUCAAAUGGAAAAUGACGGAAAAGUAGAGGCACAAUUUUCCACAUUUUUAAAAUUAGUUUUCUACUAAGAAGUAGUAGCUUUAGAAAGUUGUUUGUCGCGUUGCAGGUUAUUGAAUCUUCAUAUGCCAUCAAGGUGUUAACAUGGAACGAACGAUUGCUUCGUAUCUCGGGUAUUUGGCCCUUGCAAGUACGCGAUUCGAUAUUUUUAAUAUAUCUCAUCUACGGAUGUCUCAUCGUGUCUACGAGUUUUCUCGAUCUGUUCGAUCAUUUGUUGGAUUUCGAUUACGUUAUCAAGAACCUUGAAGAAAAUACAUUAAUGUCAACUACUCUUAUAAAGAUGAUCACUUGCAGAAUAAAUAGCCGACCAUUGGCUCGGUUUAUGAAAGAAAUUCAACAAGAUUAUUCCGAUGAAAAUUAUCGAAAUACGAAGGAGAGAUCGAUAUUUAAUAGUUACAACAAAUUAUCGUAUAGAUUUAUCACGAUAACUGUACCAUCGAUGACUCUAGUCCUCGUCACGUAUUUCACUAGAGAAGCUUUAACGUCUGUGCUAUCGGUUAUGUCUAAUUCGACUUUGGAGUAUCAGUUACCUUAUAAAAUAAGACCGCUCAUAAAGCCAAAAGAUUCGAUGAGUUUCUUUCUUGGAUGUAUAUAUCAGAGCCUGUCCAUUCCUCUCAUCAUUUCUGCUUACGUUGGGGUUGAUUGUCUUUUCGCUAGUUUGGCCAUUCACAUAACUGCCCAAUUUGCGAUACUGAAACACAGAAUUGAGGAAAGUUUAAAGGAUAGAGAACGAGGUAUAAGGAAAGUAAUCAUUGAACAUUGUCGUCUCAUCAGAUUGGCAGAAACAUUGGAAGAUAAUUUUACUGCAAUUAUUUUUCAACAAUUAUUAGCGACUACGUUUCAGCUUUGUUUGACCGGCUAUCAGAUGCUCGUGAUACUGAAGACAUCUAUGGGGUAUUUAUCCGUUUUGAGAAAAUUUUUAUAA